UAGUAUUAGAUCUUUAGACAAAGUCUCUAUAAUCUGUGCUAAAUUGUUAUGAAUUUGAUUUUGUUCGUUUUUAUUUGUAAUUUAUAUUGUUUUUAAUUUUUGUAGCUAUAGCGAUUAGUGCAAAUGUGUACUAUAAUUAAGAAACAGUGAAACUACCUAUAUUAAUUCUUUGUUAUUUACUUGAAGUUAUGGCAUCCAAAGGCAUGGAUCCAAAACAAAAAUACUCUUUAUUAAAUUUUAUCAAAAAAAGUAGUCGAGAUUCAGAAUCAGAAUCAAUUCAAAGCGCCACCAAUCAACAAAUAAUAGAGAAAAAAUCCAAGUUUGUUUUUAAAUCAAAAUCAACAAGUACUGCAAACUGGACCCCUCCAUUUAAAAAGAACUCAGAAAAUGUGUCACAGUUGGCCAAGGAACCUUCGUUAUCACCAAGUAUUUUGGAUAACCGAGUUGAAAACCAUGUUAACAUUGACAGGAAUAAAAGGACUAAUAAUGCACCUCUUAAUGCAUUUGAUGAAUAUGACGAUAUGGAUUGUUUUCCAUAUACCUUCAACGAAACAUCUAAUACACCAAUAUCAGAAAAAUGCAAUAAAUCUAUAAGAAUAAGUGCAACACCCAGCCCUCAAAAAAAGAAAAUAGAACAAACCAGUUCAGCGAACACGAAAAUUUUGAAAACACCUAAAAAAAGCAGUCCCAAAGAAAAUGCCGAGAUCAAAAGCCUGAAAUUGGAUACGUCUUUGAAAAAUUUCUUGUUAAAUAUAUCAGAGAAUCCUUCUGUACAGAAAGCGAAAUUAGAUAAAAGUGCCUUAAGUUUACAAGAUCUAGAGGAAUGCAAAACAUUAUACAUAGAGAUACUAGAGAAAGUUUUCAAUGCUUUUGAUAGAAUACCGACUAGAACGAAAGAGAAAUUACCAGGAUAUAAUAGUAAGAUAUACUCACAUUUAAAAUAUUGGAGAUAUAAAUUGAAGAUGGCUAUACAACAGACACCCAGUAAAAACACAAGUAAAAAAGCAUCCAAGACCCAAAACGACAGCAAAUCUGUUUCUACUAUUGAAUCGAAUCUCUCUGCAUCACCAUCAUUGUUAAAUAAUUGUGAAGAUGAUGAUUUAGAUGAUUUCGAUCUUAACGGUACCCAAGUUUCUGUGAAGAAAUCUGUUAAGACCAUAUCUGAAGUUCCAGAAGCAAGAGGAAGUAUUAACAUGAAUUACAAUGCUGGACCCAGUACAAAACUAACAGACAAGACAGUGAAGAAGUCACUGUUUUGUGAUUCAUUUUCGACUUGUACCUCUACAAAAGAUUUAGAUAUUAAAACUGAAUGUGAUGCAGGCAACUUGGAUACACCAUCCAAUGUUAAAGGAAAAGGUAAAUUUGUGUUCAAAAGGCCAUCAAGAGCUGCCACAGAGGAGUCUAGUAAUAUGCCCUCUACAAGUCCCAUAAUUUCAAACACUGCUGAAAGACUAAAGAAUGCGUUGGGAACUUUAAAACCUUUGGUGGACCAAGAAUCACCAAAGGUGGUGCCAGUAGCAAACAGUUCAGUAAACUUCCAACCUCCUCAGCUGAGCAAGAGCUCUUUACUUUCUAUGACUGAUACAGUGCUUGAACCUUCAAGUGGUGAUGAUCCUUUGGUUGAUGAUGAGUACAUGGAUGAGUAUUCAGUACCCAUUGAUAUAGAUGCUGAUAUUGAAUUUGCGCAUCCGUCAAGUGAGCCUAUGAGUAUAGACAGUGAUCAUAGUAAAGUUGCUGAAGUAGUCAACGAUAAAGAGAUACCAGUGGACGAGGAUGGGUGGCCGGAAUACAGGAUGGAAGACUUUGAGGAUGUUAAUUUUGUAUCAGAGAGUAAAGAACCAGAGGUGGUGAAUUUGAUGGAACACUCAAUGGUUGAAGACAAUAAAAAACCCAAAUAUGAAGGAAUGGGCGACUUCCACGAGGGCACUAAAAAUGACGGCAUCACAGGUGAAUUUGACGGUAUGGACUAUCCCCACUCAUCACUGAUGAUGGAAAUGUUCAAAGAGAAGUUUGGUCUAAAGACAUUCCGUCCAAACCAGCUGCAGGUGAUCAACGCGACGCUGCUUGGACACGACUGUUUCGUCUUGAUGCCAACCGGAGGAGGCAAAUCUCUGUGUUACCAACUGCCGGCCAUAUUGACACCGGGUGUUACGAUCGUGAUAUCGCCCCUCAAGUCGCUCAUAUUGGACCAAGUCAACAAGCUGCUCUCAUUAGAUAUCCCGGCGGCGCACUUGAGCGGCGACAUAUCGGCGGCGGAAGCGGACGAAGUGUACCACAAGCUGUCGAUGCGCGAGCCGCUGCUGAAGUUGCUCUACGUCACGCCGGAAAAGAUUAGCAGUUCGCCAAAAUUUCAAGAUGUCCUCACCGCUCUCUACUCGAGGGAUAAGAUUGCUAGGUUCGUGGUAGACGAGGCGCACUGCGUGUCGCAGUGGGGGCACGACUUCCGGCCCGACUACAAGCGGCUGCACGUGCUGCGCCAGCGCUUCCCGCGCGCGCCGCUCAUGGCGCUUACAGCCACCGCCACGCCCAGGGUGCGCAUGGACAUCCUGCACCAGCUUAAGGUCACCGGAUGCAAGUGGUUUCUAUCCAGCUUCAACCGGCCAAAUCUCAUAUACAAGAUAUUGGAGAAGAAACCUAAAAGUAUCAACGAGGAAGUCGUUGCAGUUAUCAAGGAGAAAUUUUAUAGAGAUUCGGGCAUCGUGUACUGCCUGUCGCGCAAGGAGUGCGACGAGAUGGCAGCGGCGCUGCGGCGCGCGGGGCUGGCGGCCGCCGCCUACCACGCCGGCCUGCCCGACCGCCAGCGCGGCGCCGUGCAGACCGCCUGGCUCGCCGACCGCCAUAAGGUGAUCUGCGCGACAAUAGCGUUCGGCAUGGGCGUGGACAAGGCGGACGUGCGGUUCGUGAUCCACCACAGCAUGCCCAAGUCGGUGGAGGGCUACUACCAGGAGGCGGGCCGCGCCGGCCGCGACGGCGAGCUGGCGCACUGCCUGCUCUACUAUUGCUACGGCGACGUGAUACGCUACCGCCGCCUGCUGCACAUGGAGCGCAACACGACGGCGGAGGCGCGGCGCGUGCACGAGGAGAACCUGCUGCGCAUGGUGGAGGUGUGCGAGAGCGUGGCCGAGUGCCGCCGCGCGCACGUGCUCGCCAUCCUGGGCGAGCGCUUCCCGCGCGACCGCUGCCGCGCCGCCGCCGCCGCCUGCGACACCUGCCGGGCACGCACGCGCCACCAGCCGGUGGACGUGACGGAGGAGUGCCGCGCGGUGGUGUCGUGCGUGGGCGGCGCCCGCGGCCGCUACACGCUGCUGCAGCUGGCCGACACGCUGCGCGGCUCGCGCCAGCAGCGCCUCGCCGCGCUGCACGACCACCCUAUACACGGACGGUGCAAGUCGUGGGAUCGCGGCGACGUGCAGAGACUGCUGCGCCACCUGGUGGUGCGCGGGCUGCUGGCCGAGCGACUCGUCUUCACCAACGACAUCGCCAGCGCGUACCUCGAGUUAGGGCCCAACGCAAACAAAAUAUUGUCUGGUGGCCACCGUGUGGUGUUCCCAAUGCGGUGCGCGGAGAAGCCGAGCGUUAGCUUGCCGGUAGGGGGCGCGGCCGGUGCCGGGUCCGACGUGUCGCCCGUGCACGCGCUGCUUAAGAGGAUCGAGGAGCGUUGCUACGCCGACCUGGUCGAAGCCUGCAGGGAGAUGGGCGAGGCCCGCGGCGUGUCGCUGGCGGCGGUGCUGCCGCAGGCGGCGCUGAAGGCGAUGUGCCAGCGGCUGCCCGACACGGCCGAGGCGAUGCUGGCGCUGCCGCACGUCACGCGCGCCAACUACGACAAGUACGGAGCGCAUCUGCUGACCAUCACCUCCGCCUACGCCGUCGAGAAGAUGGGUGUCCUGAUGCAGUACGAGGAUGAUUUAGAGGCUGAGAAGGCCAAGGAGGAGCAGUCGGAGGAAUCGGAUUCGCCGCCCAGCAGCAGCACUUCGCGCCGCGGCUCUCCCCGCGCCCGCAGCGGUACGCGCGGCGGCGUGCGGAAGAGGUACAGGCGCAAGCCGACGUCGGCCGCCAAGAAGAAAGCGGCUAAAGGGGCGUGGGGGACGCGCGGCAGGACCGCCGCUACACCAAGCACGAGCACGAGCAAAAGCAAGAGCAAGUUCGGCAACAAGCUCGGCAGCAUGCCGGUGCCCCGGCCCAACAACACGCUCAACACGCGGCCCGGCGUGUUCAACCCUUCGAAGCUGAACCUCAUUUGAACCAUCGCUGUAUUCGCUAGCAAUAACAUUACGACUACAACCCCUGAUGGGGUAGCCAGAGGCGUUACAUGACUGUUGCUGAUGUAGUAACAUUCGAUAUGGCUGUAGUUUACCGAGCAUAUAAUGUUAAUAGAGUUCAAACGUGGUAGAGGGUAAUUCUGCCCUUGUGACUUGGAUUAAUUUGGUUACCUUAUUUCCCCCCACCGGGGUGAGUUUGGAAAUUUAAAUUAACACAGUUUUUGAUGUCCACUUGAUUCCAACACAUGACUUUUAGGUUCUAAAGCCAGUGGUAAUAGACGACAGGGGACAUGAGUGGAACAUGACAUUCAUUAGUUGUAACUCGGUCAUUAAACCCAAUAAUGUAGCAGUUUUUUUUUAUAUACAACUUAGAAUGGCGAACAAGCUGACGGCGCACCAGAUGGAAAGUGGUAACCGUCGCCUAUAGACAUGAGCAGUACCAUGCACAUAACAGAGUAUACUGUUUCGCCCAUGAUACCCCUCAUACGUCGCCAUUCCUGAGGACUCGGAUGUUAUUCCUCUGUACCCAGUAAAUUGAUUUUAAUGUCAGUAACAUCAGUAGACAUUUUAAAUAUCAUUUGUAACAACAGUAUUAUUUGUAUUAAAACUGAUAUUAAGAUGUAAAAUACCAGAUUAGUGAGGGUAGUUAAAUUUUAUUCCCUUCAGAGUUUCUUCAGGGUCGGCAACAAGCGCGUAAUAUCCUUGGUAUUGCAGCUGUACAUAGGCUACGGUAACCGCUUAUCAUCAGGUGGGCCGGAUACUUGUUUGCCGCCUCAGUGGUAUAAAAAAAAUCCUUCAGAGGCAUAUAUAAGAAGGGAAUGGGUGAGCCGUACUCUAUCCCAGGGUUAGGAUCGGAGCUUUCAGCUGUGGGCAGAGACAUUUUUAAAAGUAAAUAUGGGCCUCUUCAAAUAAAUUAAGCCACCCCCUGGGAAAUUAUCAUAAAUAUUGUCAAUGAUCUUAUUUAUUAGAACUAAAACCUACAAAUCAGUAUGAACUGUUAAUUUUUUUUUAAUUAAGAAUAUAGUUUAAAAUAAAAAAGAAAAAAAAAACACUUCAAUCGCUGAAAUAGGUUUUAUGCAUGUUUGAGUUUUUUUUUAUAAAUAAAGAUAUAAAUUAAGCUUUUUUACCCAACUACGCAAAUUAAAAAUGGGUUAUGACAUUAAAUAAUUACAGAUUCCACCGAUCCAGUGAUAUAUAAUGUUAAAUGUAUGUAACAUAUGUUUCGAAAUAGUGUUACUGUACAUAUUUAUUAAAUUGGUAAAAAUUGUUGUUUAAAAAUGUAAUUCCGUAAUAAUUAAUUGUAAAUAAAUGAUUUAUUUUUU